GAGAGCUCUCUACAGAGCCGUCAUGCAGGAGAACUAUGAGAAUGUGACCUCGCUGGCAGGGUUUCCAGUUUCUAAACUUGAUGUCCUCUCCCAGCUGGAAAAAGGGGAAGAGUUCUUUUCCACAGAUCUCCAGGACUCAGAGGAAAGAAAGCUCCCGAGAAGCAGCUAUACAGCAGGUGAGGGGAUGGUGAGAGAGACCAUGGAGCAGAAUCCUCAGCAGGAAGACGAUGAAGUGGAGCCACAAGGGUCUGUAUUGCAAAGAUGCACAGGGAGUGUGUCCAGGAGUUGUGAUCAGGGAAAAGCCUGUGAGAGUCAGCACAGGCCAGAGAAGCAGCAGGGAAACCAGCCAAUGCAGAAAGUUGGUAAAUCUGUUAAUUAUCAGGGAACUCACAAAGGCCACAAGGAAACCACGGCCCAGCAGAGAAUCCCCAUGGGAGAGAGAAAUAACAUAUGUGUUGAAUGUGGGAAAAAGUUCAGUAGGCGCUCACACCUUGUUAAACAUGAGAGAAUCCAUAAAGGGGAGAAACCCUAUGAAUGCUGUGAGUGUGGGAAAACCUUCCCUCAGAGCUCAGCCCUUAUUAGUCAUCAGAGGAUCCACACUGGGGACAAGCCAUAUGAAUGUUGUGAGUGCAGGAAAACCUUCCUUCGGCACUCUGACCUUAUUAGACAUCAGAGGAUCCACACAGGGGAGAAACCUUAUGAAUGCAGUGCAUGUGGGAAAACCUUCACUGAGCGCUCAAACCUUAUUGACCAUCAGAGAAUCCACACAGGGGAAAAACCCUAUAGUUGCUGUGAGUGCGGGAAAACCUUCUCUCAGAGAUCAACCCUUACUAACCAUCAAAGGAUCCACACAGGGGAGAAACCCUAUGAAUGCUAUGAGUGUGGGAAAAUCUUUGCUCGGAGCUCAGCCUUAAUUAACCAUCAGAGGAUCCAUACAGGGGAAAAACCCUAUAAAUGCUGUGAGUGUGGAAAAACCUUCGCUUGGAGCUCAGCCUUAAUUAACCAUCAGAGGAUCCACGCAGGGAAGAAACCCUAUGAAUGCUGUGAGUGUGGGAAAACCUUCACUGAGCACUCAAACCUUAUUAAGCAUCAAAGGAUCCACACAGGGGAAAGACCCUAUGAAUGCUGUGAGUGCGGGAAAACUUUCACUGAGCGCUCAACCCUUAUUAAGCAUCAGAGGAUCCAUACAGGGGAAAGGCCCUAUGAAUGUAGAGAGUGUGGGAAAACCUUCCCUCAGAGCUCAGCCCUUACUAGCCAUCAGAGGAUCCACACUGGGGACAAACCAUAUAAAUGCUGUGAGUGCAGGAAAACCUUCCUUCAGCACUCACACCUUAUUAGACAUCAGAGGAUCCACGCAGGAGAGAGAUCCUAUGAGUGCUCUAAGUGCGGGAAAUUCUUCCAUCAAAGCUUAGCCUUUAUUUAUCAUCAGAGAAGCUGCAAGAGAGAGAAAUGCCAUAAAAACCUUGUCUAGAGCUGAGGAAAGAUUUUAUUUUCCGUUUGCUAAUUCCCACAUAGUGAGCUUAAAGGAAGCGUUGUGUCCCCAUGGGCUUUCAGUUCCCCCAGCUGAGUUAUGUGCUUUUCCCUUUUGUAGCUCACCCUCCCUUGGGGGGAAUCCCACCGUCUUUUUCAGCAACUCCUUUGUCCUAUGUCAUGGAAGUGUGUUUCCCUCCAACUGGAAUUUCAGUCAAUCCCAGGUGGGGGAACCAGGAGUGACCUCAACUAGGUACAUGGAGGCCUACAUGGGCCUUGACUCCACUAGGAUUUUCCAUGGAGUUAGCUAGCUUCAAUUACAUAUCCUAAUGUAAAAACACAAGUAUUUUUUCAAUUAAAAAAUACCCCAUAUAUGGUGGCCAAGAUAAUUUAGAAAAUUUCCUCAACACCUGGCAUAACCUCCAUCACUUUUCCUAGUCUAAACAUAUUUGGAGUAUCACAUUUAUACUUUUCCUCCCACUGCAAAGAAAUUGUUAGUCACCAGGUUCCCAUACUAGGGACAGAUUGUCUCAUUCCCAGUUGUUCUCACAUUACACUGGGUUGUGCUGAAUGUUUUUCUACCAUUUUUUCAUAUUAAAUAUAUUUAAAUAUAACAAAGAGAAGGAGCAGGAUUAGAGAUGGCGGGGGGGGGGAGGGGAGAUUUCAACCUCUGAGACACCUGAAGAAGAAGUGGUGAGUUGGAGGGAUUCUCACAUUCCGAAUUACCCCAGCAAUGUUUCCUGUGUUUGAGCCAGAUAGAAUUUAUCUUCUCCACUUUCUACACCUCCACCUGUCAUUAUGUCUUAUGAUUCAGUGUUCUCAGCCCUCUACUUGGGAAUCACAUUUUAUUUUCUUUGAUCAUAAAACAGUAUUUUCGAAACUGAGAUGACAGUGUCACAGACCUGCAAGGGGAAUUUGAAUGGAUGUCAAACACAGCAUGAUCACUGGGAGUUGAAAUCUCAGUUUCCAACUGUUGGGAAAGCCUCUUCUAGGAUUUUUCCUACUGAGAUGAGCUUGUUUGCAGAUGGAGAGGUUGAGUUUGUUUUGUUCAGUUUUCCAUUGUGAUGAUGCUAGGGCUGUCAAGCGAAUAAAAAAAUUAAUC